AUAGUUUACAUUUUCAAAGGAGUCAUUAAAUUAUGUCAAUGAGAAAUCAGUCAUUAUUAAAUGAAUUAUUUCUCUCCGGAAUAUCUGCUUUUCCAACUCUUGAACUUACUUUCUUCCUCUUCUUCCUUCUCAUCUACCUUCUGACAUUAAUCUGGAAUUCUCUGAUCAUUGUCCUCAUAGUCACCUCCUCUCACCUCCAUGUUCCUAUGUAUUUCUUCCUCGGGAACCUGGCCGGUUUGGACCUCUGUUAUUCCUCAGUCACCGUCCCACGAAUGUUAUUUGAUCUUCUCACCAAGACAAGAAAGAUUUCCAUAACAGCUUGUAUAACCCAAUUCUUCUUCUUCAUGUUCUUUGCGGGUUCUGAGGUUUCUCUGUUGGCUGUCAUGUCCUAUGAUCGAUAUUCCGCCAUUUGUCAGCCAUUACAUUACACACAGAUCAUGAGUUGGAGAGUCUGUGUACAGUUGAUGACCAUUGUGUGGUGUGUCGGCUUUACCAAUUCUUUAGUUCACACACUUCAUGCCUUCAAAUUAACUUUUUGUGGAUCAGAUAUUAUAGAAAGUUUCUUCUGUGACCUUCCAAUAAUACUUCAGAUCUCCUGCAGUGACAUCAACAUCAACAUUCUGCUAAUUUUUGUCUUUGGUAGCCUCCUUGGAUUUGGGUCUCUAAUACUGACCUUCCUGCCCUAUGUCUAUAUAGUCAAAACGGUUCUUAAAAUUCAAGCCAAGGGCAAUAGGAGUAAAGUUUUCUCCACUUGUACCUCUCACCUGACAGUUGUGUUUAUUUUUUUUGGCUCUGGAAUGUUCAAUUAUUUUUGGUCAAGUUCUAGUCAUCAUUUUUCUGGUGAAAAAGUUGUGUCCGUCUUUUACACGGUGAUCGUUCCUCUCCUGAAUCCUGUCAUUUACAGUCUGAGGAACCAGGAUUUUAUAACAGCAUUUCAAAGUGUUUUCAGGAAGAUCUUCCCACCAAAAUAGCGAUAUGGAAAUAAUGUACAGAUCUACCUUCCUAUGACCUAUAGCAGAAAUCCUGAUGGGACCAUUGCUGCAAGAAAAUAUAAAAGACUCACUGCUAGAAU